AUGGUGCUACGAAUGGCAAGGCUCACUGACGAUGGCGGCGAAACGUCUGGGAAUGUACCACGUCCACAGUCCUACUCUGUAAAUGAUGAUGCAUACAAUGUACUCCGGACUAGCUACCGCAUCGUUGCCGUAGAUCACGAUUUGGUCUCCUUUGUUGACACAAAUCUCAUCAGUGAGCAAAAAAACACCUCUGAUAUUCAAAUGCUCAAGCCGAAGGUGGGUGUGGUUGAAGGCCCACAUACAGAGUUCCCUUUGGUCCUUAUCACAAACCCUAAGCGUGCUGAUUUAUUGAUGCCCCACAAGGAGCCAACCAGUCUAAUCGCCACUUCUACUCAUAUUCGGUGA